AUGGAAAAUUCGUCUUCCAGGUUCUUUAAAGGUUUCUCACUUGAGGAUUACAAGCUGCAAGUUCUUUUUAACACACUAGAGAAGGAGAAAAAGCAAUAUUUGAAUCAGUUGAAGGAGCAAACACAUGUAUUCAAAAUGUCACUCCGUCCGACAGUGAAGUCAGGCGAAGAAUAUUGGAGCCAGUAUGGAGAGAACUAUCACGCCAAUGGUGACAAAAGAGAAAAAGAUUCUGUAACUCAUCUGAGUACAGAACUCAAGGAAGGUCGGUUGACUCUUGUUUUACCUUUUUUUUUUCUUUUUGCUGCUGUUAGUUGGGCAACCAUGCAGCUUCCCGACGCUGUUAUAUUCGACAUAAUCAAGCGCAUCACACCUUUCAUUACGCGUUUGGAGCUAAUUUGUCAUGCAAGUGCACUGCAUUUACUACCUGAAAAGACAAGAGGACGUUGAAUAUUGCAUUUUUCGCUCUGUGAUUGGCUCAUAAAACUCAUAACACCGUCUCAACCAUUCAGAUAUAAAACUGAAACCAUUUUUGAUUCGGGUUUAGGCAAUAGUGCUGUGAGAUUUCAUCGGCUCCUUGUGGUAUUCCCUUUUGAUGCGACUGGUGUGGUGAUUAUUGUAUCGAAAUGCACUUUAUGGCUUUCAGAUGGUCAAAUUACGCUCAGAUUAUACAGGCUCCACCAUCACUCUGCUAAUGCCAUGUUUCUGAAUUUACUUCAGCAAACCCUGAGCCUAAAAUGUUUCUUUGUCCUCAGUAGUGUCAGAGAAGAAGGAGCCGAUCCCUUUUCGCGUCUAAAUUUAUGUAAUUACAGUGGAAAAUGUAGCUCUUUAUGAGUUUGUCUUGCAUUCUUUUACAACUUCGCGACUAAGACUUUUUUUUUGCUCUCCCACAAGAACUGAACAAGAACAACACCGUGACUGUCAAUGAGGGAACCAACCCCAUGAUUACCAGCUCAGCAGCAGCUGAGCACGAUGGAUUGAAUCCAUGUGAUAAAAGACCAAGAUACCUGCAAAGGGACGAGGGUAAACAAAAUGCUGACAGAAAAGCUCAGGCAAAGAAAAAGUCAGAGUCAACAGGCUUAACACUACUAGAAAUACUAUGUUCCGACGUUGAAAACGGCGUCCUACUAACGACGACUAGAAGUCAUAGCAACUCGGAUCUUGAAGCUGGCGAAAAAUGCUUGAAGGAAGGUGUUAGUCGAAUUCGAUCACAAUCAAAUCAAGAAAAAAGACUCAAAGCCGUAGGCCAACCGGACGUCAGAGGUCGAUCCACUUUUUCUAGUUCUGCGACAGUACAUGACUUUGAGAACUCUCUGAAAUCACCAUCAGUAAAUACGUCGACGGACCUAAGCUCUAGGUUAACUGACACCUCAAAGCUAGAGAGAUCUGCACAAGAUCUAAAUUUGACUUCUGUGCAUUCCAAAAACGAUUUCUGGCUUAGUGAAAUCACAACAAGUUCGCAGUCAACAGAAAACAGUAUCAAAGAGGACACGGCAUACGAUUCAGAACCCUCUGGGAACUCUAGCGCCUCAAAGAACGAAUGGAGCCAGGACACUGAUAGGUCGGGAAGUCGCAGAUUCGUGCAUUUUAACGAUGGGCGUAAGCUUAAAAAGCAAAAAAGCAAAAAGGAGAACUCGGGUGCGAAACAAGCCAAAGGGAAAGUGAACAGGACUAGAAGUUUGGACGUUAAACUUUUCCAAGUUGAUGUUUCACAAGAUUCGAAAGGAAGAAAAUCGCAGGUGAGGAAAAUUGGUAACGAUGAAAUUAAGGUGGCUCCUGAAAUCUUGUUCAAAUUGAUUGCUACUCUGUCACGGAAUGGUGAGGAUCGCCAAGCUCAUCAUAUUUUUGGGACAUUGUUUUUUUUCAUAGCUCAGGUAUAGCUGCAUGGACAAACCACGCUGGGCGGUAGGCACCAAGAGUCUUCAAUCUCAAAAGCUUUUUUCUUAGUAUGCUUCUUCUCUGCUGUUACAACUUCUGUGUUAUUACUGUAAAUCACCAUGAAGCUACGUGCCUACGUACUUUCUUGUUUAUGUUCUUUAACCUUGAUGGUUGAAGAUCAUUAAUCGACGCGCAACAUUUAAGCCAACACAUCGUCAGGCGUUGCCUCAUCUGGUUACACCCGAGAUGGUGGCACACAAAAGAGCUAGUGUAACGAGUAAAACACUCCAAGAAAACAAGUUUAAAUCUCGAAGAUAACUUAAGUAGUCUGAAAAACACCAACAAAUGUGAACUUUAUGCUGAUAACAGGCCAAACAAUUCGAAUAAAUGUAACUUUCAAAACAGUAUGGAUUAUGGACGCAUCAAAAUCGUGAAUGGGUUAACAAGAAUCUGAAACUGAAUAGUAGAUAGCUUAAACAUCGUUAGCAGCCAAAUAAAUUAAACGAAAGUUUUGAGCGCAAACAAAGCUUUGCAAAGUACACUUACCUAGUGGUAAGAAUAAAGGAAGUUUCUACCUCUCAGAUUUUCUCGUGGCUCCAUGUUUUUAUUGACUCGCUCGAAGGGGCUUGACGGGUGAGGAUUGUGCUGGAAAAGGGGGACUGCUCUUUGGUUGCGGGUCCGAUUUACUUUCUAAGAAUUGAAAAAGAAAAAGAAAAAAAGAAAGAUGAGAAACCUUUGGAUGAGAACCUUUUGGAUGAGAGCCUCUCUCUUCCAGAGCUAGUGGUAUAGAUAGGAGUUUGUAUUUGAAACUGUCACAUCCACCCCCCUCUCCACACCCCCUAAUACCACACCCUGUGCCUAUUUCCGUUUCAGUGCGCCUGAUAGAUUAAUGAUAAUAACUUCUUCACUCUCUCGUUUCAGGAAGAAAUAGCCAAGGACACCAGGGAGAGAAUGGAUCAAUUCUUUGCCAAAGUAGAUCGCACGAAGAAUUUUCAAACAAAUAGGCUAAGAUGGCGUUGUACCAGUGGCAACCGCGAACGUAGCACUUGGAGAAGCGAAAAGAAGACAUGUUCAGAACAGGGAAAAUUUCUUCCUCAAGAAGCAAAGAAUGUAAAAGGCUACCGUCGAGCUCAUCCGUGGCCAACUCAAGUUUGGAGCUAA